GUUUCGGAAUGGAGACAACCAACCUAGACAUUACUGAUAAAAUGCAAAAACUUAAAUUUGGAGAUGAAGAAGAAAAGCAACUUUCAAAAGAAGCUAAGGAAGAUGAAGUACAGAUUGGAGAAGGAGUUCAGACUUGGAAGAGAAACCAAGAGAGCUCUUUCCUCUGUUCAACUAAAUCAUGGGAUGAUGAGGAGAUGGCCAUCCCUGAGAAGAUCAAGCAAGCUCUGAGAGAUGCUGAGGUACUGAGACCCAGUAAAAUUCAGGCUACAACAAUCCCUCUGGUCGCUAAUGAUGUGACAAGAAGUGUAGUAGUUCAAUCUAAGAAUGGAAGCGGCAAGACCUUUGCAUUUUCAUUAUGCUCGCUUCUAAGAAUUGACCCGGAUGAGAAGGGUCUGCAGAUUCUGAUUCUAGCUCACACAAGAGAGUUAGUCAGCCAGAUAUGGGAUCAAAUCCAGAUCUUGAAUAAGUAUACUGAGUAUUAUAUCACUCAGGUUCGGAGAGAAGAUAAGAAGCCUCAGGUCGGACAAAUAACAGUGAUGACUGCCGGAAAGUGAAAAACAAUGUUGAAGCACAAAAAGAUCAAAUUUGAUACUCUUAAAAUGGUAGUGAUUGAUGAAGCAGACCAUUUCUUUGGCAGUCCUGAAGACAAGGCAGUGACCACUAGACUUCUCCAACAGAUAGACACUGAGAAGAAAGAUGUACAGAAGCUAUUCUUCUCAGCUACAUAUAAAGAUGAUGUGAAGGAUGCCAUAGAGGCAAUUAUUCCUGAGAAAUCAGUAUCUAUCAAAGUGAAGAGCAAGCUUACCUUAGAUGGGAUCAAGCAGCUUUACUUUGUAGCGAAGGGUGUCAGAAAAUUUGACAUCAUCGAAGACCUUUACAAUGAGUUUGACAAUACUCAGAUGAUUGUGUUUGUAAAUACCAAACGCUUUGGAGAGAAAGCUCAUGAGCAUAUGACAGACAAAGGAUACAAGUCUAGUAUUAUCACUGGUAAUGUUGACCCAAUCGACAGAGAUAAUAUCAUGACUAAGUUCAGGAACAGAGAGUUGCAGUUUAUAUUUGCAACCAAUGUGCUAUCUAGAGGGAUAGAUAUUUCAGACAUGAAAUUGAUGAUUAAUCUUGAUAUCCCAUUUGUUAGAGAUGCAGAUGGGUUUGAAAAUGCUGACUACGAUAACUACCUUCAUAGAAUUGGUAGAACUGGAAGAUUUGAUACCAAAGGAAUUGCAUUGACUAUUAUUGACGGCCAUACUAGAAGAUACGAUAAAGAGAUGGAGUGUCUUAAGCAGAUCCAAGAACAUUAUGGUACUGAUAUUCAAGAACUUAAGAGUAUUGAAGACCUUCCUAAUAUUUAUAAUGAGCACUGUAAUAAUGAAUAA